GAUGUGGGCGCCAGCCAAGCCCACGGCGCCUACCUCCAAGAUGGACAGCCGCUACACCAGCACCGCCGGCCUCGGGGAUUUAAACCAGCUGAGCGCGGCCAUCCCGGCCACACGAGUGGAGGUGUCCGUGUCCUGCAGAAAUCUUCUUGACAGAGACACAUUUUCUAAAUCUGAUCCAAUUUGUGUCUUGUAUGUACAAGGAGUUGGAAAUAAAGAAUGGAGAGAGGUAUGAUGUUGAUUCGAAGAGUCCCAACUUGUCAAAACAUGACUUUCUGGGACAAGUGUUUUGUACAUUGGGGGAGAUUGUUGGUUCACAGGGAAGUCGCCUGGAAAAGUCCAUAGUAGGAAUUCCAGGGAAGAAAUGUGGUACAAUCAUCCUCACAGCAGAGGAAUUAAACUGUUGCAGAGAUGCUGUUCUGAUGCAAUUUUGUGCGAACAAAUUGGACAAGAAGGACUUCUUUGGAAAAUCAGAUCCUUUUCUUGUAUUUUAUCGAAGUAAUGAAGAUGGCAGUUUUACAAUUUGUCAUAAAACAGAAGUUGUCAAAAACACUCUGAAUCCUAUUUGGCAAGCAUUCAAGAUCUCAGUCAGAGCUUUAUGUAAUGGCGAUUAUGACAGAACAGUCAAAGUAGAGGUGUAUGACUGGGAUCGAGAUGGAAGUCAUGAUUUCAUUGGAGAAUUUACAACAAGCUAUAGGGAACUUUCUAGAGGGCAAUCACAGUUCAAUAUAUAUGAGGUGAUAAAUCCCAAAAAGAAAGGAAAAAAGAAGAAAUAUACUAAUUCAGGAACAGUCACGUUACUUUCUUUUGUGGUAGAAACAGAAGUUUCAUUCCUUGACUAUAUUAAGGGAGGAACACAAAUCAAUUUCACAGUGGCUAUUGAUUUUACUGCAUCAAAUGGCAACCCUACCCAGCCCACUUCUCUCCACUACAUGAAUCCUUAUCAACUGAAUGCCUAUGGUAUGGCACUGAAAGCAGUGGGAGAAAUCGUUCAAGAUUAUGACAGUGAUAAAAUGUUCCCAGCUUUAGGUUUUGGUGCAAAACUGCCUCCAGAUGGAAGGAUAUCUCAUGAGUUUGCUUUGCUGCCAUGUUGUUGGAACACUAAAGCAGCCCUAUGCAGAGUUCGUGUUGACCUACUGCCAGCAAACCAUAAUGGGAACCCUCAAAACCCCUACUGUGAUGGCAUUGAGGGUGUCAUGGAGGCUUAUUAUAGGAGUCUGAAAUCUGUACAACUGUAUGGGCCAACCAACUUUGCUCCUGUAAUUAAUCAUGUAGCAAGAUAUGCUUCUUCUGUAAAGGAUGGCUCCCAGUAUUUUGUGCUACUGAUUGUGACAGACGGCGUUAUCUCAGAUAUGGCUCAAACUAAGGAGUCCAUAGUUAAUGCUUCAAAACUUCCAAUGUCAAUAAUUAUAGUAGGUGUUGGGCCAGCAGAAUUUGAUGCAAUGGUUGAAUUGGAUGGAGAUGAUGUAAGAGUUUCCUCCAGAGGAAAAUAUGCUGAAAGGGACAUUGUGCAGUUUGUGCCAUUCAGAGAUUAUAUUGACAGAAGCGGAAACCACAUACUCAGCAUGGCUAGAUUAGCUAAAGAUGUCCUAGCGGAGAUCCCAGAGCAGUUUCUCUCCUACAUGAGGACCAGAGGAAUCAAGCCAUCACCUGCACCUCCCCCGUACACCCCACCUACACAUGUGUUACAUACUCAAAUAUGACUGUGCUCCAAAAUGCUAAUGUAACUACACUUCAGUUAGAACUGCUGAGUCCAUGCUUUUCUUCUGGUGCUCUAUAAGGAACCAGGGAAUGAGAUACAUUUCUCAGUUUGGUUUCAGCAGUAUUGGUUUGUAUGCUUUCUUGGAUCCAAAAUUUAUCAUCUUCCUAAACCAAAACUGUAAAUACGGUUGUUGCAUGAGCAACAGAAAAAUUGUUUAAAUGCUUGAAGCAAAAUAUGGAUGUAUUCUCUGAAUCUUUAAAUGUUUUCUAGACAGAAACAGCUAAUUUCCAAUGUACUGUUGGGAAAAAGCACAACCUGUGUUUUUAACUCAAAUAUUGUCCUUGACUGCUAUGUAUAUAGGAAAGCAGUCUCUCUAUAUCAAUGUUUACAUGUUACUACUUUUUAGAUUCCAAUACUUUUAUAACUGUUCUUAAGAAUACAAGUUUUGAAUAUUGAAUCCUUUGUCUUCUAAAUUGCAAUAGCUAUAAUCACAAGAGCAAUAUCUCUUUGAAUGACUGUCUGGAGAAAUGCAAUUGCAAGCAAGGGAAGGUAAAGAUACUUUUAUAUUUCUCAGUAAGUGAAUUGUCUUAUGAAGCUGUAUCUGCUUAGUAAUCAGUUCCUCUGUGCCAUUUGCCAAGUAUGGGAGUUUACACUUAGCAGAUGUGUAUUCUGAAAGAACAUGCAUUUUUCAUGAAGUUUGGGUUCUAAAUUUAGACUGCAAUUUGUUUAUGUUUUGUAAUGCUAAGUAGAAAUAAUAAAAAGUCAAACAUCGUGAACUGUAAAUGCACAGAAAAUACUUGGUGUAAAAAGUAGCAUCUUUAUAUUACAAUACUAUGUAGAAAGACUAAAAUCCAGAAUAUUUGACUGUGAACCAUGUAGCAGAUGUUUUAAACUUUCUAUUUCAUUGUACCUUGUCUAGAUAUUUUAAGUCAAAGGGAUACUGGCUCUCUUGAUUUGCAUUCCUUUCCAAGUUGCCACGCAGGGUGCACAGGCUGGAAGUUUUUUGCGAAAUUCCCUGUUAAAUAUACACAACCAUGUGACGUAGUGCACAACACAUUUGUGAAAUAACCCACUCCUAUACACUGACUGAUCUGCCUAUCCACAAUUAAUUGUAAAGAGUUUUUGCAUGUACAGUUUUUAUGAGAAUUGCAGUUUUGUGACAAGAAUGACAGUUGUGUCUAAAUUAAAACAUAUCUUUAGAACAAAUGGCCUUAAAUUCUCACAGAAUUCCUGGUAAUGAUUGUGAAUUACCUUUAAGUAAUAGAAAAGUGAAUUUAUUUUUUUUUUCUUUUGUGUCAACAAUGUAACUGCUUUAUAAUAUUUUCCUUACUUAUACCCUAUUUACUACUGGUUUAUUUCUACUGUAUGUUGUUCUCUUUGUCCCACGUUGACUAAGGGUGACUUUUAUAAGCAUGAAACUAUUUUACGGAAAACAAAAAUAUAUACAUUCACAUAUCUAACAGAAUCGAUGUUAUAUAAUUAUGUACUCCUAAAUUGUCCAUUUUGGAGUAUACAUUAAAAUCUUUUAAAGAUUAACUAUUUGCUCUGUAAACUUUAUGUAUAAAUGACAUGGAAUCUGAUGAUUUCCUUUACUGGUCUCAAAUAUUUAUGUCAGUAUAGUUUAUUAGCCUACAAUUGUAUUAUUUGCCUUCAUUCAUCAGUUCUAAAGAACGAAAAUAAAUAAGAUCAAUAUUA